CAUUAGCAAGACGAGUUCAAGUGAGCGUUUCUGCUGCUUCAAUCUCAUAAUCUAUACCUUGGAGAGUCUCUACAUUUCAUUUUGAAAUCAAAUCCGUGAUCCCUUUGACACUCUAUGCGAACUCUUGAGGCUCCACCCGAUCAUCAUCGCCAAGGCCCGUUCCUUAGUGCUCCCGAUUGACGAGAAUUACGUUAUGUGAAAAGUUUACUCCGCUUUUCUCUGCAAGCUUUCCUUGAAUAUUUGACAGCUUCCUUUGACACAAACUCGCCUCUAUCAAGUCAGUGCUUUUGAUCCGAUAUUUACACGUUACGCGUUAUCUUUUGUUACUUGGAAAGUCAUGAGAGCCGGAGCUAUAUAUCUCGUGCUUUGAGCCUUUGUUGCUCGACGUCACUUCCCCUUUUUACAAUCGGGAUAUUUUUAUUUUUACAUUCUCUAGAUUCUUUCUGGAAAUACAGUAUAUAAAGCUGGCGAGCUAUGGCAAGUUCCUUCUCUCAUGAUGGGGCCACCAUCAACAACAAUGCCGAUGCUGCUCUUGAGAACAUGGGCUACAAGAGCGAGCUUCCAAGAUCACUGAGCAUGAUGAGUAUAUUAGGAUUAUCAUUUGCCAUUAUGGCCGUUCCAUUCGGUCUCAGCACAACGAUGGCCAUUUCGUUAACAGACGGCCAAUCAGUAACUGUUUUAUAUGGCUGGAUAUUCGUAUCAAUCAUCAGUCUUAGUAUAGCAGCCUCUCUCGCUGAAAUCUGUGCUGUAUAUCCCACAUCAGGUGGUGUUUACUACUGGAGUGCAAUGCUUUCCACGAAAAAAUACGCCCCGAUCGUUUCUUGGAUCACUGGUUGGCUUACACUUGUCGGAAACUGGACCGUGACUCUAAGUAUCAACUUCUCCGGCGCCCAAUUGAUCCUCUCUGCCAUCUCUCUUUGGGACGACUCUUUUGUGGCUACGCAAUGGCAAACGGUGCUUAUGUUUUGGGGUGUCAUGUCCGUCGCUUUCCUGGUCAAUGUUUUUGGCGCCAAACAUCUAGAUCUUAUCAACAAGAUCUGUAUCUACUGGACUUCUGCUUCAGUUAUUAUCAUAGUUGUUACAAUUCUCGUCACGUCAGAUGAUCGUCGGAAUGCCGAAUUCGUCUUUACCCAUUUCGACGCUUCGGCAAGUGGAUGGCCUUCUGGCUGGGCUUGGUUCGUCGGCUUACUGCAGGCAGCUUAUACAUUGACUGGCUACGGCAUGGUAGCAGCCAUGUGCGAAGAAGUCCAAAUGCCCGAACGAGAAGUUCCCCGUGCAAUGGUUCUUUCCGUCGCCGCAGCCGGAAUCACAGGAAUCGUCUACCUGAUCCCCAUACUUUUCGUUCUCCCAGACGUCAGUCUGCUUCUCAGCGUCGCCAACGGCCAACCCAUCGGUCUCGUCUUCAAAAUCGCCACAGGUUCUGCUGGCGGUGGUUUCGGCCUCCUGUUCCUCAUCCUUGGAAUCCUAUUCUUCGCCGGCGUAGGAGCCUUAACUGCUGCGAGUCGAUGCACGUAUGCCUUCGCUCGCGACGGAGCAAUCCCUGGUUCUCGUCUCUGGGCUCGGGUCGAUAAACGGUUCGAUAUCCCGCUUUGGGGAUUGGUGCUCUCGACCGUUGUUGAUUGUAUUCUGGGCUGUAUAUAUUUCGGCUCUACAUCAGCAUUCAAUGCCUUCACUGGCGUCGCUACCAUCUGUCUUUCAGUCUCGUACGGGAUUCCUAUUCUCGUCUCUCUAAUCCGGGGCCGAAAAGCUGUUCGACACUCGACGUUUUCGCUUGGCAAGUUUGGGUUCUUCAUCAAUGCGGCGACGGUAGCGUGGAUUUCGUUGGCUAUUGUGUUGUUUUGUAUGCCGACCGCUAUUCCAGUGACGCCGACGAGUAUGAAUUACGCUAGUGUAGUGUUUAUGGGGUUUGCUUUGAUUAGUUUGAUUUGGUAUGUAAUCAGGGGUAGGAAAGAGUUCACGGGACCGCCUGUUCCGGCGGACGUUGAGCCUGAGCAGGAUGGGGAGGAUGUUAGUGGUGGGUUGGGGAGGAUCACGACGGAUGGGGAUAAGACGUUGAAUGGUGGGCUGGUGGGGAAAGAUGGCGGGAUCCAGGAGAAAUAGAUCGAUGUAGAUGAGGGUUUUCUUAUUACGAUGCUGUUAUAUCUUGAUUCGAC